AAUGGACUCUGUUCCAGAAGAGAGAGGUCACCCCACUCUGAAUUACUUUAAAGACACUGACGACGGCACUGCCUACUGCUUCUUAAUGAGCUGUGGGGCUAACAGAGAGAAGCAAUUCGAUGAUGUCUGGCUUAUUACCGUCCAGAAAGACGACUUCUCGACCCACUUUAAGAGGAUUGAAUAUGAGAAUAUCGACGACAAGUUUACAGCCAGAAAUGGGCAAGCUGCUGUCUAUGAUAAGGAUAAUAAGGAACUCCUCAUCUUGGGAGGGCAGGACUCUGUCAAUAAUGUGCAGUACAACGACCUCUUUGCUCUUGACGCAGAUUAUCAGAUGAAGAAGGUCGAGUUUGACCUCUCAGAAGGUAUGCCUUUCCCAAGAGUAAGAAAUUCUCACACUCUUGUCCGAGAUCACCAGAAUCAGAAAAUAUAUUGCUAUGGUGGAGCCAAUGCAAGCGAGGGUCCUCUUAACGAUCUGUAUGAAUUCGAUCAAAAAGAGAACGAAUGGGUUCAAUUACUAACAAGUGGAAAAGAAUCUGUUGAGGAUGUUCCCCCUCCACUGGAAAUGCACACAUCUCAUUUAUACUACGAUGAAGAAUCUAAUCCCCAGUUACUGAUUUUUGGAGGAAGGAGCAACGAGACGCUGUCUUCAAGCAUUUAUCGUUUGGACUUGGAGGAGCUCCAAUGGUCUAAAAUCAGUGAGAUGCCAUCCAUCAUGUGCUCUCAUGCCAGUGCUCUCAUCAAGAACAGAUACGUAAUCGUGUAUGGAGGUUUUAGCGGGACCUCAAUUUUUGAUAGCAUCAGAAGAUAUGACAUAGAAACUAACAAAUGGCUCACUUUCAUCAAAUCAGACGCAGAUCCAACUUGUGAGUUCUUCACAGAUGGCAGAAUAGCCACUGCCGUGGCGAAUGCCAAUGAAGAAGUGGUCCUACUGUUCGGUGGAUCAAGCGCUUUGAAGGAUUAUAAUGACACAUUUGUGAUUCCAGUAGAGAAACUGAUAGAUGAUGCCAAUUUUAGUGAAAUCACCCAGGUCAUCUAAAAUUAAUUCUAUAAAUUCAUAGAAA